AUGGAGGGUACUGCAGCAAACAUUAGGAGAAGCGUGGAGAACUCUGUGAAAGAUGGGGAAAAGAUUGAAGGAGCCAAAGGGGAGGACAGGUGGAAAGAAAGGGGUAAUGUGAAGCAGCUGGUGCCGGUCCGGGAUCAGUCCCUGCAAGAGGAGCUGGCACGCCAACAUGCUAAUGAGCGCCUACGGCGCCAGUUUGCUGCCCAGGCCAAUGCCAUCGGCCCCUGGAUCCAGAACAAGAUGGAGGAGAUCGCUCGGAGCUCCAUCCAGAUCACAGGGGCCCUGGAGGACCAGAUGAACCAGCUGAAGCAGUACGAGCACAACAUCAUCAACUACAAGAACAACAUUGACAAGCUGGAGGGCGACCACCAGCUCAUCCAGGAAGCCCUGGUCUUCGACAACAAGCACACCAACUACACCAUGGAGCAUAUCCGUGUCGGAUGGGAGUUGCUGCUCACAACUAUCGCCAGAACCAUCAACGAGGUGGAGACCCAGAUCCUGACAAGAGAUGCCAAGGGCAUCACCCAGGAGCAGAUGAAUGAGUUCAGAGCCUCCUUCAACCACUUUGACAGGAGGAAGAACGGCCUGAUGGAUCAUGAGGAUUUCAGAGCCUGCCUCAUUUCCAUGGGCUAUGACUUGGGUGAAGCUGAGUUUGCUCGAAUUAUGACUCUGGUUGACCCCAACGGACAAGGCACGGUCACCUUCCAGUCCUUCAUUGACUUCAUGACUAGAGAGACCGCAGACACGGACACUGCAGAGCAGGUCAUCGCCUCCUUCCGGAUUCUGGCUUCUGAUAAGCCUUACAUCUUGGCAGAGGAGCUUCGUCGAGAGCUGCCUCCGGAUCAGGCCCAGUACUGCAUCAAGAGAAUGCCCCCAUACUCAGGCCCAGGCAGUGUUCCGGGGGCCCUGGACUACACUGCCUUCUCCUCUGCCCUCUACGGGGAGAGCGACCUCUGAUGCUCUUUCUGUAACCCCUGACCCUAUCAGAACGCAAUAAAGGCUCAAGUGUAGGUUGUUACCUGGAAA